AGAACUGCAGGAUAUUUAGAGCUGCAACAAUGUGUGGAAUCUUUUUCCAGUUGACUUUGUCAGCUGCUCAAUUUGAGAAGGACAAAAGAAUUUAUGAAUUUCUGAAGAGAAGGGGCCCCAACUCUAGCAGGGAGCUAUCGUUUCCUGCUGUAGAUUUGAGCUAUCACUGCUCAUUUUCUGCCCAUGUUCUCCAUAUGAGAGGCCUCCUUACUCUUCAGCCGUUUCAAGACGACGCUGGAAAUGUCUUGAUGUGGAAUGGAGAGGUUUUUGGAGGGAUUUCUGUGAUGCCAGAAGAGAAUGACACCACUGUCAUCUGUCAGAAAUUGUCAUCUUGUAAAAACUCUUUGGAGGUUCUGGCACUUCUGUCUGCCAUUCAAGGGCCUUGGGCAUUUGUUUUCUAUCAAAAGGCUGAAGAUUAUCUCUGGUUUGGGAGAGACCUUUUUGGAAGGCGCAGCUUGCUGUGGAAAUAUGACGCCGAGAUCAGUGUCUUCACUUUGACCUCAGUGGCAGCUGGGAUUUCUGCGCUGGGUCAGUCUGAUUGGAAAGAAGUCCCAGCUGUUGGCGUGUUUAAGGUUGAUGUAAAGGCAGCUGCACAGAGUGGUUCUGUGUCCUUUGAGCUUUUUCCCUGGGCAAGAAAUGUCAUAAACCCAUCAUUGAGUGAAAUGAUGGUUAACUCUGUCCCUAGUGGGUGCAAUUUUGAGAUAAAUCGAGCAGGUUUAUCAAUCACUUCACCUGUUUGUCCUUUGAAUAUGUCCAUUCCAGAAAAAAAGGUUGAAGUUAAUCCCAGUUCACAGGUGUCUGGAGGAAAUCUAGAGGAGUUUCUAAUCAGCAAGGAGAAAACUGAAGUUGUGAACCGUCUAAUUGGUGUCCUGAGUGAGGCGGUGAGGCGACGAGUUCAUUCGUUGCCUUUUGUGGCAAAAGAUAAUUUACCUCUUAGCAGUGGCCAGGCUAGCAUUGCUAUACUCUUUUCAGGAGGCAUUGAUUCAAUGAUCCUCGCUGUCUUAGCAGACAAACAUGUACCUGUUCAUCAACCAAUAGACCUUCUUAAUGUGGCCUUUAAACUAAAAGAGCCAAAAAAGCAGCCUGAAAAGAAACUCAAAAAACAAAGAAAUAAAUCCAACAAUUCAGAGACAGUUCAGGUCAGUUCUCUGUCGUCCAGUCCAUUUGAUGUCCCGGACAGGAUAACGGGGAAAGCUGGCCUCAAGGAAUUACAAGACCUGAAUCCUGAGCGACAGUGGAAUUUUGUUGAAAUCAACAUAACUCGAGAAGAGCUGCAACAAAUGCGACAGGAGCGGAUUUGCCACUUAGUUCAUCCACUGGAUACAGUACUAGAUGAUAGCAUUGGCUGUGCUGUGUGGUUCGCAGCAAGAGGAAAAGGAGUCAUUACAGAAGAGGAGGAGCAGAAACCCUUCACAUCAUCUGCUAAGGUAAUUCUGACAGGAAUUGGUGCAGAUGAGCAGCUCGCAGGCUACUCCAGACACAGAGUACGAUUCUCAAUGUCUGGGCAUGAAGGGCUGAUUCAGGAACUUGCCAUGGAGCUGGCAAGAAUAUCAUCCAGAAACUUGGGCAGAGAUGACAGAGUGAUAGGAGAUCAUGGGAAAGAAGCUAGGUUUCCAUACUUGGAUGAAGAAGUGGUGAACUACUUGAACUCCUUGCCUGUGUGGGAGAAGGCUGAUCUGUCUCUCCCUCGGGGGGUCGGGGAGAAGCUCCUCCUGAGACUGUCUGCUAAACAGCUGGGCCUCGGCCAAUCAGCCGUCCUCCCCAAGAGAGCCAUGCAGUUUGGCUCUCGCAUCGCAAAGAUGGAAGACGGCCACGAAAAGGCUUCUGACAAAUGCACACGACUGCUUUACGACUAGAUUGUGAACAUUUUAUUUUUUAUUUGAAAAUAUAUUUGCUGGAAAAUAUUACAUCCAACAUUAAAAGUAUUAUUUACA